UUUUUGGAACGGACCAACUCAACUCUCGAGUCUCGACCGUUCUUCGGCCGCUGGACACAAUCCAUUUCUUCGUUUCGUAGUUGCUUCAAACCCAAUCCAUCUAUCCUCUUCUCCUUCACACAACCAACCGUUUCCCAGUCCUCCAGUUCGUCUUUCGCCUCCAAAAUCACAUUCCCAACCGCAAGCUCGGCAUGCCGGAAGGUCUCGAUGGAUCCGCGAAUCGUACGGCGUCUUCGUAUGACGAGGCAAUGGAUGCUCUGUCCUCGCUGAUCACCAGGCGCAGCCGUGCGGAUGCGAGCAACGAAGGCGAUCGCUUCGACUUUAUGUUUGAUUAUCUCGAGAUGCUGGACUUGGAGGAAUCCGUUUCGAAGAUGAAUGUUAUUCAUGUAGCUGGCACCAAAGGAAAGGGAUCAACAUGCAAGUUUGCUGAAUCUAUAUUACGGAAUUGUGGCUUCCAUACUGGGCUUUUCACAUCUCCUCAUCUCAUUGAUGUUCGUGAAAGAUUUCAAUUGGAUGGUCUGGACGUAUGCGAAGAUAAAUUCUUGGAGUACUUCUGGUGGUGUUGGAAUAGACUGAAGGAAAAAACAAGUGAAAAUAAACCAAUGCCUUCAUACUUCCGAUUCCUUGCCUUACUUGCCUUCAAGAUAUUUGCUGGAGAACAGGUAGAUGUUGCUAUCUUGGAGGUUGGCUUAGGUGGAAAGUUUGAUGCGACAAAUGUGGUGCAGAGACCAAUUGUAUGUGGUAUAGCUUCCCUUGGGUAUGAUCACAUGGAAAUUCUCGGAAAUACUCUUGGAGAAAUUGCUGGGGAGAAGGCUGGUAUCUUCAAGCAAGGAGUUCCAGCCUUUACUGUGCCCCAACCCGAUGAUGCAAUGCGUGUACUUGAAGAGAAGGCUUCCCAGUUGGACGUGCAUCUUCAAGUAGUAUCCCCGUUGGAUGUUAAUUUGUUGAAUGGUCAACAUCUUGGGCUUGAAGGUGAGCACCAAUAUUUAAAUGCUGGUCUUGCCAUCGAAUUGUGCUCUACUUGGCUCCAAAGGACCGGUCAUAUGGAAGUCAACUACCUAGAUCAAACUAGUCCCCUGCCUGAAGAAUUCCUGAGGGGGCUUACAACAGCUACUUUACAAGGGCGUGCUCAGAUUAUUUCUGAUCAGUUUAUUGAUAUUGAAAGCCCAGGAGACCUGGUGUUUUAUUUGGAUGGAGCCCAUAGUCCUGAAAGCAUGGAAGUAUGUGCAAAAUGGUUUUGCCAUGCUAUCAAUGAAGAUAAGAAACAACAGGACUCAAGCAAUCAACAGACUGAUAAUUCCAGUGCCUCCCUUGACCUCGUACACGGUUAUGGUUGUGAAACUCCCAGGAAGAGUUCCACGCAGAUUUUAUUGUUCAAUUGUAUGUCGGUAAGGGACCCGCAGUUGCUCCUUCCUCGCCUGGUUAAGACGUGUGCUAAUCAUGGAGUCCACUUCGAGAAGGCACUGUUUGCACCAAACCUAUCAUUGCAUAACAAAGUUUCUUCCAGUGCCUUAGCACCAAAUGAUUUACGAGUUGGUCUGUCAUGGCAAUGGAGUCUUCAAAAAGCAUGGGAGAACCUCAUCAAUAAAGAGAGAGGAAAGAAUGCAAAAAAUGCAGCAAUCAUCCGUAAAGAUGGUAAAGAAGACAAGGAAAUGCAUGCUGGGAGUUUCAAGAACAGUGAGGUUUUUCCUUCACUUCCCCUGGCUAUCAAAUGGCUGCGGGACACUGUACAACAGAACGGAUCUGGUCGCUUUCAGGUGCUUGUUACUGGCUCUUUACAUCUUAUCGGUGAUGUGUUAAGAUUAGUGAAGAAAUGAGACGCGGAUUUUGUCCCUCCUGUUGCAUGCCAUAUUAUAUGCGACAAUUUCUGGUAUUUAUGGCUGCAAAGAUGACAACAGGUAUGGGUUUUGUUUCCGAAAGUUCUCAAAAUUGCUUCCACUGCUUAGGCUUAUUGCUGGAGCUGAACAAAAGAACCCAUCUGGCCUUCUUUAGAUGUUAAGAGGCACCCCUUUAUCUGUAAAUACAGAUUAUUUCUUUUAUAACAAGAUGUUAUAUUUUUUCAUUAAUGAAAAACAAAGCAAUUAAUGAA